AGGUGGAAGGUGAUGGAGUGAUGAACAGCGUGGAGAGGAAGCAGGCGGUGCUGACCGUGGCAUUUCGAUACCUGGACACUUACAGAGAGCUGCUGCAGGAGGAGGGGGAGCGCAGCAUCUUCUUCCCAAAGGAGCUGUACCUUAGUGCAGUUCAGGAGUUGAGUCGGUAUCCUGAGCUGGUGGAAGAUGUCCUCAAACUGCAGAGAUGGACUGAGAUCUUACAUUGCCCCUCUGAUGAGGAGAAGGAGAGCAGGAAGAAGCAGGUCCGCCCUCUGUUCAGACACUUCAGACGGAUCGACGCCUGUCUGCAGCCCAGAGAGGCCUUCAGAGGCUCAGACGAGAUCUUCUGCAGGGUCUACACUCCAGAUCAUUCCUAUGUCACCAUCCGGAGCCGUCUGUCCUGUCGUGUUGGAGAGAUCCUUGCUCUGGUCCGAGAGAAACUCCAGUACAGUGAAGACCAACCCGUGCUGCCCGGACACCUCAUUCUGGUGGCCGUCACGUCUGCAGGAGAGAAGGCAGUGUUUCGUCCAAGUGAUGAGGCUGUGUUCACCACGCUGGGAGUCAACACACACCUGUUUGCAUGUGAACCUUCUGAGCUUGAGUCACUGCUUCCUCUUCCUGAGGAGAUCCACUGGACACCUGGUGACAGCAAACUCCACGACAUGUCAGCAGAGGAGGUGGCCAAUCAGCUGGUGGUGUUCGACUGGGAACUCUUCAGCUGUGUGCAUGAGGUUGAGUUUGUGUGCUAUGUGUUUCACGGAGAACAGUCCCGCUGGCGCCCCUUGAACCUGGAGCUGGUACUGCAGCGCUGCAGUGAGGUGCAGCACUGGGUCGCCACCGAGAUCCUGCAGUGUCAGUCUCUGCCGAAGAGGGUUCAGCUGCUCCGCAAGUUCAUCAAGAUCGCAGCGCUGUGUAAGCAGCAGCAGGACCUGUUGUCCUUCCUUGCUGUGGUUCUGGGUUUAGACAACCCAGCUGUGAGCCGGCUCAGACUCACCUGGGAGGGUCUGCCAGGAAAGUUCAGGAAGCAGUUUCAGCAGUUUGAGAGCGUUGCGGACCCCUCCAGAAACCAUAAGUCCUACAGAGACCUGAUCACCAGCCUGAGACCUCCGCUGAUCCCCUUCACUCCUCUGCUGCUAAAAGAUCUUACAUUCCUCCAUGAGAGCUGUAAGACGUUUCACGGUGAACUCGUCAACUUUGAGAAGAUGCAUAAAGUGGCAGAUAUGGUGAGGAUCAUCAGGCGAUACAGGAGCAGCCAACUAGCCAUGGAUACAGAGACGUCUCCCUCCCACCUGCAGACGAAGGCAUACGUCCGACAGCUGCAGGUGAUCGACAACCAGAACCUGCUGUUCGACAUGUCCUGCAAGCUGGAGCCUAAAGACACGUAGAGAGAGAGUGGAGGAGAGGAGAUGAAGACUGAGGAGGAGGAGGAUUAAACCAUUUACCUGUACGCAGCUUGUGUCGAGAAACGAAAGGAUGGAGGAGAUUCAGGAAUAAUUCUGUCACUGCAAGUGGAAACUUCAACACUCCUCCUCUGACUUAUCAACACCAGUUUAAACGUACUGUUUCUCCUCUUCGUCCGUCUGCCCACUACCUUCCAUCAGCAGCUUCAAACCCAGGACCAGGACCUGAGCUCAACAGGACACCUUUUCUUCUCAUGGGAUCCUCUUCAUUCUGCAGCGGCCACUUUGUCCCUGAAGUCUGCGAGUCUGAAACUGAGUCUGAUUUUUUUACGGUUUCAUGAACGUUUGGAAAACUUGCGGAAACAAAAAUGAAGACAUUUGACUCCUCAGCUGACUGAACAUGGGGUUUGAGAACCUCUGUGCUGUGAGGAUAAGUUGAUGAUCUUGGGAAUGAGGAGAAUUCAGGAAACCAAGAGUUGCUCUGAGGUCACAUGACAAGUGGAUCUGAAAAGUCUUGAUGUUGUUUCUGAUAGAGAGAAAAGCUGAAAGGACACAAAGAAUGAAAGAGGAGAAAUCUGAAAAACCUCCUAACAUGCAGGCGUGUGAGCAAACUGACAUAUUGAGUGUAAAAAACAAAAUGAUCUUACUUACUUUGAGUCACAUGACUGUCCACAAAACGUAAGAGCCCGUUCAGACAUAAAUGUAUGCAAACCCACAAAAAUAUGGAAACUUAAAAGGCUCAAAAUGUAUCUUUGUUUUCGUAAUAUAAGAACUCAAAUUUAUUUAAACAGCACCUACAAUAAACAAGAUAAGA